AUGAGAGCAUUAGCUUAUUUCAAGAAAGGUGAUAUACAUUUCACCAAGGAUCUCGAGGAACCUAAAAUCGUCACUUCCGAUGAAUUAAUCCUUGACAUCAUUUACUGUGGUAUUUGCGGUACCGAUUUACACGAAUACACAGACGGUCCAAUUUUUUUCCCUCAUGAUGGUCAUACUCAUGAAGUUAGUGACAUCGGUUUACCUCAAGCCAUGGGUCACGAAAUGGCAGGUAUUGUCCGUGAAAUUGGUACCGGUGUAACUAAAUUUAAAGUCGGUGAUCAUGUUGUCGUAGAACCUACAGGUACCUGUAGAGAUCGUUACAGAUGGCCUGAUUCUAAGAAUAAAAAAAAACCAAUGUGUUCAGCUUGUCAAAAGGGCCAUUAUAACAUUUGUUCUCAUUUAGGUCUAAUUGGUGAUGGUGUUCAAUCUGGUGGGUUCGCAGAAAGAGUCGUUGUCAAUGAAAUGCAUUGCUAUAAAGUUCGUAAAGAAAUGCCAAUGGAUGUUGCUGCAUUGAUUCAACCUAUUGCCGUAUCAUGGCACGCAGUUAGAAUCUCUAGAUUUAGACCUGGUUCUUCUGUAUUAAUUUUAGGAUCUGGUCCAAUUGGGUUAGGUACUAUUUUAGCAUUGAAUGGUCAUGGUUGUUCUGAAGUCGUCGUCUCCGAACCUGCUAAGAUUAGAAGAGAUUUCGCUCAUGGAAUGGGAGCCGUAGUGUUUGAUCCAUCCGAAGGUGAUGAUGAAACAAACAUUCCUUUACUACGUUCAAUGGCUCCAGGUGGAGAUGGUUUUGAUUAUACAUUUGAUUGUUCCGGUACUCCAUCUACAUUGAAGGCCUCCAUCGAAUGUCUGACUUACAAUGGUACAGCUGUGAAUGUUGCCAUGUGGUCCGUGGAUCAUCCUGUGGAUUUCUAUCCAAUGGAUAUCACCAAGCAAGAGAAAUUCUACACUGGGUCCAUGUGUUAUACACAUGUCGAUUUCGAAGCUGUCAUCGACGCUAUCGAAGAUGGUCGUAUCGAGAUUGCAAAGGCCAAGAAGAUGAUCUCAUCAAGAGUUCCAAUCGAACGUGGGUUCGAAGACGCCAUGAUGAAAUUGAUCACUCAUAAAGAACAAACUAUCAAGAUCCUAUUGACUCCUAAUAAUCAUGGACAAUUAGAAGGUGACGGUACUGAUAUAUACGACUAA